UUCACGCUGGUCCGCUUUCCUCUCCAGGCAUGAACCAGACCCUGAACAGCAGCCAGAACCCGGAGCAGGCUCUGAGCGGUUCCAAGGUCGACGCGCUGCACGUGGUCUACCUCGCGGCCAGUUCCCUGGCCAUGUUCACCAGCGUGUGCGGGGCGGCAGGCAACAGCGCCGUGGUCUGGCUGCUGACUGUCGGCGUACAGAGGACCCCCUUCUGCAUCUACAUGCUCAACCUGGCUGUGGCCGACCUCCUCUUCCUCCUGUGCAUGGCCUCCAUGCUGACCCUGGAGACCCCGUCCCUGGCCGACUCCCACACCAAGGUCCACGAGGUGGUGACACGGGUGAUGUACUUCGCCUACACGGCCAGCCUGAGCCUGCUCACGGCCAUCAGCGUCCAGCGCUGCCUGUCCGUCCUCUUCCCCCUCUGGUACAAGUGCCGCCGCCCCAGGCACCUGUCCACCGUGGUGUGCUCCCUGCUCUGGGCGCUGGCCCUCCUCAUGAACACCCUGACCACUCUCUUCUGCCUCAGGUUCUGGCGGCACGACGAAGGCCGGUGCUUCAUGGUGGACACGGCCAUGGGCACCCUCAUCAUGGGGGUCUUCACGCCUGUGAUGACUGUGUCCGGCAUCACCCUCUAUGUCCGGGUGCGGAAAAGCGCUCUGCUGUGGCGGCGGCGGCCCCGGCGGCUGCUGGUGGUCAUCCUGGCCUCCAUCUUGGUGUUCCUCGUCGGCUCCCUGCCGCUGGGCAUCUACUGGUUUGUGCUGUUCUGGCUGCCCCUGCCCUGGGAGGCGAAGCUCCUGUACAUCUGCUUGUCGCGCCUGUCCUCGGCCAUCAGCAGCAGUGCCAACCCCGUCAUCUACUUCCUGGUGGGCAGCCAGAGGACCCGGAGGCUGGCAGAGUCCCUGAAGGUCGUGCUGGGCCGGGCGCUGCAAGAGGAGCCUGAGCCCGAGGGAAGGGAGACGCCGUCCACGGGACCCAGCGAGGGGCUCUGAGGUGGCCCACGCCCGGGCGACCGUCCCAGAGCCCCCUCCAACCCCUCCUCGCACCCUGGCUGGCCUGCUGCAGGGGCCCCGAAGCUUUGCAGCCCACCGUGUUGGGGUCACGUUCCCACCUGCUAAAGCCCCCCCCCCACGCGCACACUGGGUCCCGGGCCUCAGGGCGUGGGGAGGCGUGACUUCCUGUCCACAGCGGAUCACAGGUUGGCGGGUCGGCGUGAGCGCCGUCCUGGUUAGAGCUGUUACGGAGGCGUCUCUCAGGCGGUCACAGGCAUCCCGUGGGAUGUGAAAGUCCAUCCCUCCAGCCGCCCCUCCCUGAGCCGGCAUCUUUGUGUACAUAGUGGGCAGUGCCUCGUGGCUGUACUGGGGGCACUGACCGGUCACUGAAUGCGUCUGCAGUCCACUGAAUGGCCAUCGCCGACCCACAUCUCACUGGAGGAGGGUCCUGAGACUACCUCUUCCCCCAGUGGGCCCCUGACCUGAGCCGUGGGGCUGGCUGCCUUUCCCCAGUGCCCCUGGCCCCCUGUUUGCUUUCCUCCAGAGGCCGUGAGGCCCAGGACAGGGGCCAGGCAAUGGAUGCUGGGGAGAAGAUGACCACCGAGACCACGGAGACAGUGUCCGUCAGUAGGAGGCCAGAACUGACAGCAGCUCUUGGGGAAAGGGUGGGGGACCUGGUCACUUCCAGGUCACAUGGAGACUGCCAAAAGUCCCCUUGGGGGCUUCAUGAGCUAACUCACCCUAGAAUGGCUGUUACCCAAAUGACAAAAGAUGACAGGUGCUGGCCACGUCAGUCAGCACAGCCACCGUGCAAAAUGUCAUGGAGGUACCUCGAGACCAGAGCAGCCUCAUGGGGUGCAGCAAUCCCACCACCGGGGAGCCAUCCAAAGGGAAGGAAAGCCACCCGUCAGGCAGAGGGCUGCAGCCCAGGUGGACAGCACGCGCACAGUGGCCGGGUAUGGAGUCCACCCAGGUGCCCAUCGCAGAUGGCUGGAUGAAGGACGUGGAGAGCACAACAGAGCAGCAUUCAGCCCCAACAGUGAAUGAAAGCCGAGGAUGAGCUUUGUCAGACCCAGGGACGCUCAUACCACGUGUUCCUACUUACUGGGGGAUCUAAAGAAGUCAGGCUCAUAGGAGCUGAGA